AUGCCACCCGCCAACAAGGUCGAAAAGAUGGAGGUGGAUGAGCCGAAGCCGGCGGCCGAGGAGAAAGCCGUCGAGCCGCCCAAGGAUUUGAACGCCAUCGCCGUUGAGCGUAUAAAGGAGCAAUGUGCCCUGCUCGACAAGGGCGAGGCGCACGUGAUCGGACGCGUGCUGCAGGUGCUCCACAAGACGAGGAAGGGGCUGAAUAACGUGGUCAUUCAUCAAUUGCUCAACGCCAGCUCUUCCUCCUCGCAGUUGCACAAGGAGCAGCUUCUCGCCUGGGUGCCGGCCCCUGAUGUGAAGCCAGAUACCCUGAUGGACACCACUGAAGCAGCAAAGCCGGCUCGGUCGCCUCGUCCAAAUCGUCGCCCGGUCGUCAACUCGCCGGAGACCGAUCUCUACUUGCAUCUAUUGACUGCCCUCUACUUGUUUGACGCCGGCCAACUCGACAAGUCUUCUCAGGCCCUCAUCAACCUCAUCCAGCGUUUCGACCAGCUCGAUCGUCGCAGCCUUGACGCCAUCGUCGCGAAGGCCUACUUCUACUACGCGUUGAUCGCCGAGAAAACGGGAACGCUCGACAACCUGAGAGAUUUCCUCAACUCUCGUCUGCGCACCUCGACCCUGCGUGGCUACGCCGAAUCGCAGGCCGUGCUCAUCUACACGCUGCUGCGCGCCUACCUCGUCGGCCGCCAUUACCCCAGCGCGGCAAAGCUCGUUACAAAGGUCAACUUCCCGGAAGGCGCCUCCAACAAUGAUCUGGCGCGUUUCCUCUACUACCAAGGCCGCAUCAAGGCCAUGCAACUCGACUACAUGGCCGCGUCCGGCUAUUUCCUGCAGGCUUUCCGCAAGGCGCCCCAAGACUCGGCCAUCGGCUUCAAACAAAACGUGCAGAAGUGGAUCAUUGUUGUCGGGUUGCUUCAGGGAGACAUCCCGGAGCGCUCCGUCUUCCGGCAACCAAUUUUCCGCCGCUGCCUGGCCCCGUAUCUCGAGCUGUCGCAAAGUGUUCGUAUCGGCGACCUCGCAGCGUUCAAUGCGAUCAUCGCCAAGCACGGGAAAUCGUUCGAGCAGGACGAGACGCUGACCCUCGUCGUCCGUCUGAAGCAAAAUGUGAUCCGCGCCGCGAUCAAGCAGAUUGCCGCCGUUUAUUCGCGUAUUUCCAUCGAGGAUAUCCAACACAAACUGCAGCUGUCGACGGCCACGGAAACCGAAUACAUGGUUGCUAAGGCGAUCUCUGAUGGUGGCAUUGACGCCCAACUUCUUUCUAAUGAUGGCCAGUCCAAGAGAUACUUGCGCAGCAACGAAGUGGCAGACAUUUACGGCACGGUUGAGCCGCAGCACCAAUUUGACAAUCGCAUCAGAUAUUGCCUUGAACUGCACAACCACGCAGUGAAAGCCCUGCGCUUCCCGCCGAAAGACAACCCGGAUCUCGAGACGAUCGAGCAGCAGCGUGAGCGUGAGCAACAGGAAUUGGAGUUCGCCAAGGAGAUGGCCGAGGAGGAUGACGACGACUUU